CAACUGAAAGUGCUUCUGGUUGUGCAUUUGUCAUGGCGAAAUUGUCUAGUGAAAAUUUGUGUUUGAAUUAACUAAUUAGGUUGUGUGUGAUUCUGUGCUUUAUUUGUGUCUUCAGUGGAGUUAAUAUUUAAUGAUUAAUUUGGUCGAGUUGUGCAUAGUAUGUCGGAGGUGGCACUUGGUGUCCCGUUAAAAACACCGACUUCAGAUGGUGAAUUACAUAGUGAUAGACAAGCAUUAAAUGUUACAAAUGAUGCUGACAAUUGUGAUCAGUCACUAAUUUCUAACUUACAAGAAUCAAAACUUAAAAGAACCUUCACUUUAACUAGGAAUGCUUUGAGUGGAACAAGGUGUAGCAAACGCAAAGCAAAACAUAAGGACAGCAAAGAUAACCUAUCUAAUAAAAGUUCGAUGGUGAUCCAGGAAAACGAAAACAUGGACAUUCAAAAGCAAAACAAAAAACUUUUCCGACGUCCUUCGUGGAACAAGUUUAUCACCAAAGUGGUUCAAAAGGUUUCUGCAUUAGGCAUUCAAAACAACAAGAAUGCAUGUCCCAAUUAUGUUUACAGUAGCCGCAGAAGGUACACCAUGUCACUUUCUUCAUCUGAUAUUCGAGUACCGCCAACCAAACCUCUUCUUAUCGGUAAUGGUGAUAAAGUACCCGGUGUAAUGGGUCUUCGAAACCAUGGUAACACUUGUUUUAUCAAUGCAGUAUUGCAGUGCCUGAGCCACACCGAUAUUUUGGCUGAAUAUUUUGUGCUUGAUCUAUAUAAAGCAGAUUUGUCAAGAAGGAAUAAGUUGAACUCAAAAAAGUAUGGUACCAAAGGAGAGGUAACGGAGCAAUUAGCAUUAUUAUUAAAAGCUAUUUGGUCGUGUCAGUAUGAUCCAGAAAUGUCGAACAAGUUCAAACUGAUUGUGGACAAGUACGGGAGCCAGUAUCGAGGGAACAACCAACACGAUGCGCAGGAAUUUUUGUUGUGGCUACUAGACAAAGUCCAUGAAGAUCUCAAUACGGCCACUAAGAAGAAGUACAAAGUGAUUAAGAACUCAUUUGGCCGUCCUGACGACAUUGUAGCCGCUGAGACGUUGGCCAAUCAUAUGAGAUGCAACGAUAGCUUCGUCCAUAUGGUGUUCCAAGCCCAGUUCCGCUCGUCACUGACGUGUCCGCGCUGCAAGAGACAGAGCAACACGUUUGAUCCGUUCCUGUGUGUGAGUGUUCCCGUACCUCAGGACCAAUACAAGGCUGUUAUAGUGACUGUUCUGUAUACCAACCAACAACCCAGACAGGUGAAGCUGGGGUUGUCCGUACCUCUGCAUGCCGACAUGAGGGACCUAAGAGAGCUGCUGGCCUCGGACACUGGUAUACCCGAGCCUCACAUGUUGGUCACUGAGAUAGACGACGGAGGCUUCCACAGGACCUUCUCUGACAAGCAGCCAGUCAGCAUAAUCAAGCACACAGACCCGAUAUACUGCCUGGAGCUGCCUCAGCUGAAGGAGGCUACCACAGACUCUGGGGAAUACAUACUGUUGUGUUGGAUCAAUGUACUCAUGCUGCCAGACAACCAGUGUACAAGGUUCAGCAGCCCAUUCACCAUGCAGGUGUGCCGGGAGACGUCGUACCAGGACCUGCAGAAGCUGUUGCUGAAGGAGAUGGCAGCGACACUGCAUGACGAUGUGUUGACCAGUCAGCAGGACCUGCCUCUGUUUAGGAUCAGAGUGUGUGAUGCUGGCGGGGAGGCGGGGGCCACUGACCACAGCUAUCUGGACCCUCAGGUGGAUCAUCCGCUGUACACCCAGCCCAUAGACCAGGCACUCGCCAUGUGUGACUCUCAACCCCAUGUUAAGUUUGUGCUGGAGUGGGAAGCCGCUGCCAAAGAAAGGAUCAUAGCAGACGACAGUGAUCAGCUGGAAGAGCACGCCAGUGUGAAGGAGAUGCUAGCCAAUGCAGAACAAGGUCACUCUGUCACGCUGGAGCAAUGUUUUGAGCUAUACACAAAAGCAGAGGUCCUGGGUGCAGAGAAUGCUUGGCAUUGUCCCAACUGCAACUUGAAGCAGGAGGUAGAGAAGAAGCUGGGUCUGUGGACAUUGCCGGACAUCCUCGUCAUCCACCUCAAGAGGUUCAGACAGGCUGGCGGGAAGCCUAACAGAUCCUCAGUCAAGUUGACCACACUGGUGAACUUCCCCCCGUACGGGUUCGACAUGUCACCUCACGUCUGUCCCGCCGGUACCCACACCCGAGGCGGAGGUUGGUCGCCAUGGAGACGGCCACCCACCUCACCCAGCCAGGGAGGAGAGUACAUCUAUGACUUGUAUGCUGUAUGUAACCACCACGGCCAAGACCUGCAGAGCGGACACUACACGGCCUACUGCCGCAACCCGUACGAUGGCCAGUGGUACUGCUUUGACGACGCCAAGGUCACCCCGGUGUGCGAGAGUCAGCUGGUGUCCCCUGCUGCGUACAUCUUGUUCUACCAGAGGCGAGGCCUCAUGUCGCCCAGCUCCAACUCUUCAUGCAGCUCUACCAUCGGACUGGACCACUGGGCGUCACGGCUCGUCUAUAUUCCAGAAGAGAACAACAAGGAUGGUAUAGUGAGGAACUCUGUGGCCUACUCGACGCUUCCGUCCACCAAGCAUUCUGUGGCAACAGAGACAGACAUUCCGCUGACCAACAUUGUGAACUCACCCACCUGUGAGAGACGGGAAGCGUUUGACAAGGAGAUAACAGACAGCAAGAUAUGUGAUAUGGACGAGAUACGGGACAUCGAUGCAGACGAUGUAGAACUGUCUGAAUCGCGAGUGUAGCAAGCCCAACCAAAGAUACUGGCCACCUGACCAUUCCAGAUGCCAAAUUAUUCCUACAAGAACUCAAGUUUUUCGUCUUGAGAAUUUUUUAAUUUUUCCAACGUAGUUUUUCAACGCUCCACUACUACUUCAGAGGCACCGUUUUAUAUUUUCCUAUUCCAUUUAGCAUUAAGGAUGUGUUUUGUGUUUUUCCACUUUUCAGUGUGAAAUUUUUAACAAACUAUGAACAUUUUUUGAUUCGGCGGUAAAGUUUUGUUUGUGGGUCUGAUAUAUUUGUAAAGGUCGUUAUAAUUUGAAAGUAUUGGUUUUUAUUUUUAUAAAAUGUAGUUUUAGGCUAAUCUUGGUUUUCUAUUUUUACUUAAAAAUUUAGUAUUAACUUGCUCUUUACAUUUUAGUCCUCUCUACAUAAGUGAAGUGUUAUUUUUCUCCCUUUUAUUCUAUACUAGAGGUCGUUCAGUGGUCAAAAACUCAACUAAAAAUAUCUAAUGUACUGGUACUGACUUCUCUAUUUUCACCCCAUGCUGUAAAUAAAACAUGUGAUUGGAAUUUCUCCCGUUUGUUAUGAUUUUCUGUUUAUAUUUCGUCACCAGCAUGACAACCCAUAAGGCCCAUGUAAAUUUUUAAAAUUUUGAAUUGAUUUUUUGUGCUUAUUUUGGGGUCUAUUUUAAUUUAUAAAGGGAUUCUGCACACCUACAGAAAAAUACCAUUCUAACAGUAUGCGUAGAUUUCCUCUACAAUGCACACAAGCUGAGAAAAAAGGUUUUAAAGAAACAUGCUUGCCUAUUAAUAUAUAGAUUGGCCCAUAACUUGCUUUGGUUGAUACGUAGUCUUCAUAGAAUUGUCCAAGAAGAGAAACUUAAAUUGAAAAUAACUCUAAAAGAAAAAUAUUUUAGUUAUAUUUUUGGAAAGAAUGUUAAAUGGUUGAUUAUAAUUUUGUUUAAGCACCUCAUUUUUGCACUUCUAGCAUUUCUUUUCAACCAAUUCUCUGAAGAAGGAUAUCAGAAUUAAAUAUCGACAUAAUGUUUUGUGACUUUCCGCUAAGGACCUAUUAGCUCCAGGAAUCUUAGUUUCUCAGUUAAAACUUCUGAACUCCAUCCCUUUAAAAAAAAUCAAAGCUUUCAAGGGGAGGUUCUGUUGGGGAAGGAUUCAAUUUUUUUUAUUAAUUUACUGCAUAAUUAGGAUAAGCACAGUUUGUUUACUACACCUUUGCUAUUAAUUGAAUGAAGACAAAUAUAUCAGACCAUUUUCAGCCUUACUAAGUAUAUCCCAUGUAUUCCAUACUAUAAGUUAACCCUUAAUGUUAAGUUUGUAUUUAUUAUAUUGUUGCUAUUGUAUAUUUUAAAGAUAUUCGUUAUCAAGUGUUUCCUUUGUUUUUGUGGUGGCCGAUCAAACACCAAACGCUCUCUUGUACAUUACAAUUGAAUAGAAAAGUUUAUUGUACAUUUUCCAAUAUUGUUGUGAUAAAUUGUAUAGUUCUUGUACUUACAGGUUUUUCCAUGUUCCCAAAAUUCCUUUGAAAGUGCAAUACGGAACUCAAGUAGUUAGCACGUUGUAAAUUAAUCCUAAUUUUAUUUUGUCUACAUUCAAACAAAGUAAUUCUAUUCACUGCCAACUUCAAUAGUAUUGAGUCGAAUGAGGUAUUAUUAAGUAUCAAACAAAUUUUAUAAAUGAUUCACUAGUUGUUUAUUUAUUGGGAAAAGUAUAUUGAAUGUGAUCAAAACGGUUUUUAAUUCUAUGGAAUGUGUUAUUUUUUCAAACAAAUUUGUUGUAAAAAAUCUUUGUUUAUUAUUAUAUUAUGAGAGGAAAAGAGCAAAGUUGAUUUUGUUUUUUACAAAAUUUGCAAUUAAUUAUUUUUUUCAGUUAAAGUUUGGAUUUUAUCAAAUGUUUUUUCUGGUAAGAAGGAUAAAACAAUAAUUAUAUUAUCUAAGUUAGUUUCAUUAGAUAUUCAUAUAUUAAAUAAACAAAAUUAUUAAACUGUAUUUUUAACAGGUGUAUAAUUUUGUAUUUUGAAGUAGGAACAGAUUUUUUAUCUUCUAAAUGUAGGAAAAAAACUUUAAUUUGUUGGAUUUCACCAGCACUAGUCAUCAUAGUUCAGAGUGUAUCAUAACCAAUAAAUUAUAUAUUUUAGUUUAUUGAA